UCCCGGCUGCGGCCCCUGCCGGUUACAUAACCCGUCGCGGGGGGCCCCGCAGUUCCACGUCCGGCUUCCCGGCUCCCCCAGGAUGCGCUGAGCCCCGCGACGCCGUACGCUGCCGCCGGCUCCCGUCCGAGGUGUGAAUGACAGAGGUGGUGCCUUCCAGCGCCCUCAGCGAGGUCAGCCUGCGCCUCCUCUGCCACGAUGACAUAGACACCGUGAAGCACCUGUGUGCCGACUGGUUCCCCAUUGAGUACCCAGACUCAUGGUAUCGUGACAUCACAUCCAACAAGAAGUUCUUCUCUCUUGCUGCAACCUACAGAGGUGCCAUCGUGGGGAUGAUAGUAGCUGAAAUAAAGAAUAGGACCAAAAUACAUAAAGAGGAUGGAGAUAUUCUAGCCUCCAGCUUUUCUGUGGAUACACAAGUUGCAUACAUUCUAAGCCUGGGAGUGGUGAAAGAAUUCAGAAAACACGGCAUAGGUUCCCUUUUACUAGAAAGUUUAAAGGAUCAUAUUUCAACCACUGCCCAGGACCACUGCAAAGCCAUCUACCUACAUGUCCUCACCACCAACAAUACAGCAAUAAACUUCUAUGAAAACAGAGACUUUAAGCAGCAUCACUAUCUGCCGUAUUAUUACUCCAUCCGAGGGGUCCUCAAAGAUGGCUUCACCUACGUCCUCUACAUCAAUGGCGGCCACCCUCCCUGGACCAUCUUAGACUACAUCCAGCACCUGGGCUCAGCGCUAGCCAAUCUGAGUCCCUGCUCCAUCCCACACAGGCUCUACCGCCAGGCCCACAGCCUGCUCUGCAGCUUUCUGCCAUGGUCCGGCAUCUCCACCAAAGGUGGCAUCCAAUACAGCCGGACCAUGUGAUGCCAUUGGGGCGACCUCCCCCAGGCCUCUGUCCUCAGCACUUUGUGGAGCCUGUUUUCCUGUCUGUCUGACUUCUGCUGUCCUUUGCAAGGAGCUGGUGGCCACCUGCCGGCCCGUCGGCCUGCCCCAGUUGCAGGCCCGGUGCUAUGCUGGCUCAGGAGAAGAGUGUGUGCUGGUCUUCAACAGGCUCUCUUCCUGCUUCUGGAAACUUCUCCCUCCACCUGGAGCCCUUGUCCUGCCUCCAUGCACUGGCACCAUCCCAAUGGCCUGGCAGGUGUUGGCUACAUUCACUGGAAAAGGUCUUGCCAGGCCUCUCCUGCCUCCUGCUCCUUCAUCUUUCCCUACAGAACGGACUGAACUUUGCUGUGAAAAGAAGAUGGACAUCUUUGACGCUGAAGACACAGGAACCUUAGAAUAAAGAGGCACAGCAAAGAGAAUGCCAGGUUUUUUUUUUAUAGGAAUGCCCUAAAGAGGCUUAGACAGUGGAAGCAGUUUUUCAUGAAAGGCUGGAGACUGGGGAGGAAGAGUGGGGCUUGCCCUUCACAAGAACGUAAAGCUUCGGAAUCAGCCCUCACCAUAGUCAGUUAGAUGGACGGUUCCUUGUUCCUCAGGCCGCCUACUCCCUGCUUCCUGUUGUCCAGAGGAUCAUCCUGCCUGUCGAAUCUGGGCAAGUUCCAUAUAGCUGACCUGCACUUGGAGCUGAGCCAAGAACUGGGAGCUGUUGGCUUCUGGGUUCCUCCCUUGCUCAUCCUUCUAGAAGCUGAAGCUUCAAGGACUGGCCAAUGCAGACAGAAGGCUGAGCUCUGCAUUGGGCAUCUCUGCUACUGUGGACUCAUGAGACUUGGCCUUGGGAGCAGAGGGCAGUUGGUGCCUGUGGACCUUCAGCCCCGAGGCAGAGGCUCUUGUCAGCGCCGUGAAUUGUACCUGCAGUGUCCCUUCCUUGUGCCCCCAGAGGCCUGCCCAGUAUUGCUGCAGUAUCACAGGUGCCCAUGCAGGGCGCCCUCACAGCCUCUCACUGUGCCAGACUGAUUAGGAACAGCUCUAUUGACAGGCUUCCCUCCCUCAGCAUCUCCUGGAUUAGGGCUCUCAGGCCCUAGAGCCAGCCCAAGGCUGCUUGGCCUCAGGGAGGGAAGGGCCCUCACAAAGCAGGAAGGCCAAGGCAGGAAAAGCAUUCCCCUUCCUCAGCAGAGCCGGCCCCAGGUGGCUGGUGUCCUGACUGGUUUCGGUUGUGUGCUGAGGCCCAGCCCCAUGUUCCCUUCCUUUUCAGUCAGUGGUGAUCAUGUGAUUUUAAUUUCUGCCCUGUGUGGUCAAGGAAGAGUCUUCCAGAAGGUUCUGACUUGGAUAGUCUUAAAUCCAAUUCAAAGUCCUCGACCUGUCUUUCUUCCCUCCUGUCCCCAAUUACUGCAGUGUCCAGCCCAGGGCUGAACGAAUCGUAGUGUGUAGUCUCAUUACAAACAAAUAAACAAUUUCACUAGU